AUGAGUGACUUAAAAAAUAUGACUUCAACUUUGAGCCAGACGUGUGAUGUUGUCGCCACAUCAGUCAACUCUUUCUUUAUGCUGGUCUACAGUCUGGUGUUUCUGGUAGGUUUACCCCUCAAUGGCUUCAUCAUGAAAUUUUACUUUCGUCGUCAGCAGCAGACAUUGAGUAGCUUGAUGGUCUACCUGAAGAACCUGACAGCUGCUGACUUCCUGCUCUGCCUCUCUCUGCCAUUGCGAAUCACUUUCUAUGCCAGCAAGUCUGCCAUUGUUCAGCAGCUUUACUGUAGUUUUGGAGCUUCUGCUCUGCUCCUCAACAUGUACGCCAGCAUCCUGUUCAUGGGGUACAUCGCUGUUAACAGGUAUCUGAAGAUUGUUCAUCCAUCAGGAACUCACAUUCUGCAGUCAGUGCGAACUGCCCACAUCAUCUCUGUGGUCACCUGGGUUUGUCUCCUGGCUCCAGCAGUUAUUUACACCAUCUUAUUUUUCAUUACCCAGAAGCCUCUGAACUCUAUCCCCAGCUGCUGUGAUCCAUUCAUUAGUGCAUCAGUCAGCCUGUUUUUCACAAUCAUCCACACUUUGUCCAUCAUCAUCUUCCUCGUGGUCUUCAUAUCUCUGGUCUUCCUCUACUACAGCACCUCCCGCAGGGUGUUGCAGGCACAGCAGAGGCAGCUGGCCUCCUCCGACAAGCUUGUGAAGUCUCGCAGAAACAUGUUAGUGCUGGUCAGCAUCUUCUGUGUUUGUUUUGUCCCCUAUCACCUGGUUCGACUUCCCUCAACUUUUUUGACAAGCAGUCGCUCUGUUGUUUCAGUCUUGAACUAUAUAAUGGAGGUGACCACGAUGGUGGCAGUUUUCAAUAUCUGCCUGGACCCUGUUGUUUACUUUUUCCUCAGUAAGACUUUUCGGUCCCGGGUGAGGAUGGUGUCCUGGAGAGGAAACAUUCAACAAGUGAAUGAGCAGGAGAGAGCAGCUGUACAUUGCUACAGCAGUGAGUUAAGCCAGUAAGCUGUUGGGAAAAGAUUUACAUUCAAGAAAAUGCAGAGAUUUGCUUUGAUUCUGAGAGCGUGUCAUAGAUCCAAGUCCUCGUGAACCACAGGAGCUUCUGCUAAGCUAAAAGAUCAAUACAAGCCUGAACUCAACACAAACACAUGGAUAGCGCGAAUGUCAGCAGUGUUUCAUACAAAAAAAUAUGUGAAAACU